CGGAGAUUAUUAAUUUCAGUCCAGAUAUGAGUGUUGCAACCCUCCCUCAGGAUUCUGAGGGAUAUAUGCUGCAAACAGAUUUCCACCGCUGUCAGCAAGAUAGACUUCAACGAUAUAAGGAAAGCGCAAGACUUCCGACCAGUGACCCUCUCCUAACGGCGAUGAGUUCAUGCGCGUUCUACCAGGAAGCUCAACGCAUAUUGUGUUGAACAUUGAACCACAGCUGAUACGCACUCCCCAUCCUCCAUCCACGGAGUCAGAAGAGGAUGUUGUGAGAUACUUAUCAUUAGCAUUCUCCAUUUUUAUUCCACAGCACUGAGUCCCUUAUUUUUUCAAAUGUCAGCUGUAUAUAUCUCCUCCGGUCUCGCCUAAAGUAAGCAGCCUAGGUCCGCGGUGUAGGCUAGAUCACCAAAUGGAAUGGUGAACUAUGGCAGCUAAGGAGGAUCUUUAUGCCAAAGUCACCCCUCGAAGACAGCGUCAGACCAGACCAGGCACUGUCAAACAUGGGUCCAGUCUCGAUGUGCUGCUAUCCAUGGGCUUCCCCAAAACCAGGGCGUUAAAAGCAUUGGUUUCAACCGGGGGCAGAAAUGUGCAAGCGGCCUGCGACUGGCUGUUCUCCCACGUGGAUGACCCGUUCCUGGACGACCCGCUGCCCAGGGAGUACGUGCUGUACCUGCGGCCCAGUGGGCCCCUGCUGCACCAGCUCUCCCACUUCUGGCAGCAGAGCCGGGCCACCUGUGGCAAGAACAAGGCCCACAACAUCUUCCCCCACAUCACGCUCUGCCAGUUCUUCAUGUGUGCGGAUGCCAAGGUGGAGGCCCUGUGCGAAGCUCUGCAGGCCACAGUGAGCCAGUGGAAGGGCCGCUUCCCCAACCCCCUCCCCCUGGAGCUCUACACCUCCUCCAACUUUAUUGGCCUAUUCGUCGACGAGCAGAUCGCCGAGGUGCUCAAGACCUUCGCCACCGACUUUGCCAACGAGGCAGUAGCAAAAGCAGAUGUCCAUGUGGAGCCUCAUAAAAAGCAACUCCAUGUGACUCUAGCGUACCACUUCCAGACCAAUCACCUUUCGUCUUUAGAAAAGUUGGCCAAGGGCAUCGACGUGACGCAAGGCUGCGACUGGCUGGCUGCACUUUUCUCCCGGGACAUCCGGUUUGCCAAUCAUGAGACUCUGCGGGUCAUGUACCCGUAUGUGCCCCAGAACGAGGAUGAGCUGGAGUUGGUGCCCGGGGACUUCAUCUUCACCUCGCCCGUGGAGCAGGGCACUGCCAGCGAGGGCUGGGUCUAUGGCACCUCGCUGGGUACGGGGCUGUCUGGCCUACUGCCCGAAAACUAUGUCAGCCGGGCGGACGAGUGCGACACAUGGAUCUUCCAUGGGUCCCAUUCCUUCCUCAACUGCACCUCCCCCACGGGUAUGGGCGGGGCUCUGAGCAGUCUGCUGCUGGACCGUCAGCUGGACGGCCGCCUGUUGGACGAGCCCAGUCCUAUUGACCCCCCCAGCCUAAUAUGCCAACCUAUGCAGAUGCUUCAGCCAAACAGCCAAUCACGGCUGCCGAAGAGAACCCUGUUCGUGUGUCGCCAUGGCGAGCGGAUGGACGUGGUGUUUGGGAAACACUGGAUCUCCCAGUGCUUUGAUGCCAAAGGUCGAUAUGUACGGACUAAUCUCAACAUGCCGGCUAGUCUUCCAGCCAGGACUGGGGGCUACAGGGACUACGAUAAGGACUGCCCCAUCACUGUGUUCGGCUCCACGCAGGCUCGGCUUAUAGGUGAGGCUCUUCUGGAGAGUCAUACGGUGAUAGACUUUGUGUACUGCUCUCCGUCACUGCGCUGUGUGCAGACAGCCCAUCACAUCCUGCGAGGGCUGCAGCAGGAUGGCAAGACUAAGAUCCGUGUGGAGCCGGGCCUGUUCGAGUGGACCAAGUGGGUGUCGGGUACCUCCCUGCCCUCCUGGAUCCCCGCCUCCGACCUGGCAGCCGCCAGCAUGAGUGUAGACACAACCUACAGACCUCAUAUACCCAUUAGCAAGCUGGGCGUGUCGGAGUCGUAUGAUACCUACAUCAGCCGGAGUGUCCAGGUGACACGGGAGAUACUCAGCGAGUGCAAAAACCUCGGAAACAGCGUGCUGAUAGUGGCCCAUGCUUCCUCCCUGGAGGCCUGCACACGCCAGAUGCAGGGCCUCAGCCCACAGAAUUCCAAGGACUUUGUGCAAGUGGUCCGAAAGAUCCCCUACCUGGGCUUCUGUGCCAGCGAGGAGAUCGGCGAGACGGGCGUGUGGCAGCUGGUGGACCCGCCCAUCCUGCCGCUUACCCACGGCCCCAACCACACCUUCAACUGGCGCGAGACUCUGCUGCAGGACUGAGAAGAAGAGAAACGCUGUAUCGAGUGCUGCCCAACCUCCCUCCAAAAAACCCCUGUCCCCUCUCUCCACCUGUACACCACCAUCACCACCACCUUGCAUUCGUCUCCUUUCUCUGUCCCUUUUUCAGCCCCACUGUCCACCCCCUCUUCCUUCCUUCCUUCCUUCCUUCCUUCGUGGGCAGCUUCUUUAACCUGCCAUGCUGCAGAACGUCUUCAGAACGCAUCUCCUUUCGCCUGGCCGGCUGGUGCAGCCUUAUGGCACCGGAACGAUUGGACCAACCCAGCAAAACAAAACAAAACAAAAACAACAACAAACGAUAAAAAGACUUCUGGCAACAGUGAAAGGCCCAAGGCUUCCAUAGCACUCCUGUGUCAAUGGGCAGCUGCGAUAAAAUAUUACGCCCAUUCUGUAUGUGUUAUGUAAAUUGUAUGUAUACUGUAUAUUGGCAGCGUGGAAAAGUGUGUCUGUCUACCCGUAAUGUGAGUUUGACGUUUGUCCCUGAGGGCGAUUAUGUUUACCGGUCAAUAAUAGCCAUAUGUGGUGGGAGAGGUGUGAUAGUGGGGUUGGGUCAGUGGGGGCGUGUACCAGGGAGGAGGGAUGGCUAGAGGAACGCUGCCCACUUACAUGCUUAACUGCCCCCCCCACCUUUCCUUUCUUUCAGCCACCCCCUACCCUUCUUUAAAGUCCCCCUCCUGUGGGACAGGUGUACGUGUGAGUGGGGGCUGCUCCUGGAGGUUGAGAUGUGUGGGUGACAAAACUCAGGUGUCUUGUGGAGAGAGAAGCUGCGCAGGGGAUGUUUGGUCUCUCAAUCGCUGUGACAGAGGGUUUGGUUUGGGGAGGAAGCGGGGGUGGGGGGGAGUGGAGUGGGAAUAGAUGCCACCCACCCUGAGAUGACAAUGAUGCAAGAGAUGUUUGGUUUCCACUGAACUGAACUGCCCCUGGACCCUAUGUGCCAGACUGCUUCGAGAGGGCAUGGAUGUUCAUCUCUGCUUACACACUGUGAGGAGAAGGAGAGACAUACAAAAACAUACACACACACACACACACACACACACACACACACACACACACACACACACACACACACACACACACACACACACACACACACACACACACACACACACACACACUUUUCUUCCAUGCAUCCCACCCCCAUUUCUCCAUUUCACCUGCACAAAAAAACCUUCCAGAACAAAGCACAAAAAGCAGAUAGACCCCAGACAAUCAAUGUAGUAUAAUGACGGGUAGAACAAAGCAGGAACUAGCUUUUCCUUUCAACCCCUUGGCACCUUACUUAAAAGUUUUCAUUUUUAAAGGACUUAAAAAUUAAAAAUGCAUAUAAAAAGUAGAUGCAAAAUUCAUUAUAUUAUAUUAUAUUAUAUUAUAUUAUAUUAUAUUAUAUUAUUCACAGUCCUUUACUGUCAACACCUUUAAGUUUCAUGCCUUCCUCUGCACCUAUUUAUUGGGGAGUGAAUUCCUGUAUGCUUUUGGAAGUUAAGCCUUACUUUUGGAGUAUAGUACAGAAAAAUGUACUACUACAGUAGACUUAAAUGUCAGUUUACCAAACUAUUCAAAUGAAGGACCUUAUAUGAAGUUAGCCAGGAGUCGACUCUAAUGUAGUUCAAAGAAAUAAUAUUUAACUCAAUUUAUUUAUAUAUUCGUACCAUACUUGCUAAAAAAAUAAAAGUAUUUACAGGUGCUUUAGGACAAAGUACUAUUACUGGGGUUGGUAUGUUCUGCUGCCGAGGCGGGACAACGGCUGUAGCAAACUACUAUAUUGCAGUUAAUCCUCACUCAAGCACUUAUACAUAUCAGACAUUUGUUGUGUAUAUUUUCAGUCUUUACUCAUACUAUGUUCUAAAUGUAGCCAUUUUUUUUAUCAGUUCUCCUGAACUAACGGUAAAAUAAUGAUAAUUAUUUUGAGGAGGUAAUGAUGCACGGCGGUUGCGAAAGAGUUUGGAGGAUCAUACUCAUCAUUUGUCUGAGUCACUUAUUAUCUUUUUGUUGUUGUUUUAUUUCAAGUACACCUGCUAUAAUUGGGACAUUAUGGCAAGACUUUCAUAUGCAGUGGUUCCUAAACUUUUCCAGCGGGGACCCCUUUUGGACUAGAAUAUUUUCGCAAAUAUUUUUUGAGAAUAUUUUGUCCAUUAAUAGGCUAUUGUUAGAUUUUCCAUUAAUAGUUUGUCCGCUAAUAUUGCUAGAAAUCCACAGGACAGCGAAUACAUAUUUUAGUCAAUACUGUUACUAACCAAAUUAGA